CACCACAUAUGCAUUCAAACUAUGGCGGAUUCCAUCCACAUUUUGGCCCCGCUGGAGGGUAUCCUUCUCACGCAUACAAGAUUUUUUUCCUUACCCCAUUACCCCCUGGUGUAUCUAGUAUCAGAUAUCACCAAGAAGUAUUUUCUCCGACAACAUUUCCUCCUCCACCCCCUCCGGUCUAUAAAACCGAUAUUCAUGAUUCCCAUCCUAAUCCUCCUUUAAUGAAUCAUAAUCAAUUAAUGCCCUCGACCACACUUCCGUCUGUGAGUCCCGUUCCUGUAUCUUCGCAACCUUCUCUUA